AUGGUGUGCACCACGAAGGACCCCUACAAAAAGAAAUCCGAUGUCAAAUCCUUCUUUUUCAAAAAGUUCAACAGUCUCUGUUACGCUAUAUUCAAGGUUUACGACCAUGAGGUUUAUUUUGCAUCUGCUUGUAUUAUAUUGAACUUUUUCCAUUUUGCGGUUCUGUGUCGGAAACCAAUGAGAACCUCACCGAUUUAUCCAAUAAUGGCAUUUGUGGCACUGAUGGAUAUUCUAGUAAUGUUAUACGAUGUAAAUCGAUUGGCAGUGGAGAUUGUGCAAGAGCACACCGACUGUUUCUCACUUGAGGAAGAUUUUACGGUUCAGCAAAUGGAAGUAUUCUGGGAUUGCUUCAGAAACUAUGCUCGUAGAUGCUCCACGUGUCUGAGCUUCUGCAUAACACUCAUUCGAGUUUUGGUGAUUAAGUAUCCAUUGAACAACGCAUUCUCCAAACCAUCCACGGCUAUUUAUUUCAUCAUUGGAGUUAUUUUAUUAUGUGCUCCAAUUCAUUUAAUCGAUCCAUAUAGGUUCAAAAUCGAUAGAUACGAGGGCGAUGUUUAUUGGAAUUGUGAUGAUUAUCCAGUGGCAUAUAACAGAUACUAUUACAUUUAUGACUCUGAGUUUUAUACAGGAAAUGUUCAGAUAGUGGCGAAGGUUCAUAAGAUUGCUGAUGGAACAAUCUCAAAGCUACUCCCCAGCAUUUCUGCUAUGAUCGUCACUGUCAUCCUAAUCCGACAGAUGAAACGAAUGAAAAAUGUUCAGAGCACUUCGAAAUCUCGAUUGUCUAGAACCACCUCAAAAUUGGUCCUCGCACUAACCAUCCCUUAUUUUUUCGCCGUUUUGCCACUGGGUGUCGUUUGUGUUUUGAGUCCUUUCGGAUUUUCAAGCAAGACCCCGGAUCAGGGACUUCGUUUAUACGCUGUUCUUGGGGUGGCAGAACGCAUGUUCUCGGUGAUUCUUGUGAUCACUACAGCUACACAUCUGAUCGUUUGCUUGUUGAUGUCAUCGGUUUAUCGAAAAACUGCGAGAUCGUUGAUUUUUUGCUGGCCACAUUCCCUCCGAAUCGGAAUUUCCAUCAAAUUCACAAAAGGGUCGCAGAAUAUACAGACGGCAAGCACUUCGGAUCGAUCCAGAACUCUUACCAGCUAA